AAUCUGAUGUGAUCAGUGCUCAGUCUCUCUGUCCGGCUGCUUGGAGAGUUUCUCUGUCCUCACCAAAAAAAAAAUAUAUAUAUAAAUAUAUCAUUAAUUAAUUACAUCAGCAGUCCGGGUCACAUCACUUCCAGGCAUGGAUCAUCUGUAACUGGAGACAUCAGAGUGGACACGGAGCCGGUUAAUGACGGUGUUAGGAAACUGUCUGUUCAUAUUUUUGAGUCAGAAAGAACUCCGGGUCCGGAGCAGUUCCCGGUAAACGGUGCUCUCGUGUGACGACGUGUCAAAGGGAAGCGUUGUAUGGCAGGACAGGAAAGUGAAGAUGCGACGCUGGCAGUCUGCUUCUCAUGAAUUUCCCACGUGCGCGCGCGAAUGAGUGCGUGUGCGGAGGAGAGUGGCCACCCCGCAAUUCCCACGCGCGCCUAUAAUAACGCGUCGCGCGCAUGGACGCAGCACACUCGGCCGCCGGCACGCGCUGACCAGCAGACCCAAGCGGACCACUGUCCAGCAGCUUUAACCCCGAACCACUGAGCUGGGACUGGUUUCAUUUCCCACCCUCUGAGAUUAAACCUGCCGCAGGACACCAGCUCGGAACUGUGUGCGAUCAUCGGCGCCACCGGUUUGUCUUCUGAACGAUGCGCGCGCUCAGAGUUGUGCUCGUCACGGGGCUCGUGUUGUGCAUGUGCGCCGCCGCGCGUGGUGGCGUGAGCGAGAGCGCGAGCACGAACGCGAGCGCGUGGACGGGCACGGACAGCACGCGGAGCUACCACAGCCUGUUCGCGCGGAUCUUGAACAUGGUGCGGAGGGAGGAGGGCGGCGGCGCAGACGGAGAGCUCGCGCAGGCCGCCGCCGAGAAGGAGCGCAAACAGCAGCAUCAGCAGCAGAAGACCAAGAGCGGGGAUCAGAUACUGGAAAUCUUUCCCAGAGAUCUCAGAAAGAAGGAGAAGUUUUUAAAGCACUUAACAGGGCCUCUAUACUUCAGUCCCAAGUGCAGGAAACAUGUCUACAGGCUCUACCACAACACCAGAGACUGCACCAUUCCUGCAUAUUAUAGGAGAUGUGCACGGCUUCUCACUCGGCUAGCUGGGAGUCCGAGGUGCCUCGAGAGCUAACUUCAACCAGCAGAUUCAAGCCAAACCAGAGGAGGAAGGGAAACAAAAAUCCCCAAGAGCCUUUUGGACAAGACCAACCUUCGUCGUUCCUUCUAAUCAGCAAAUCAUGUCCUGGAUAUGACUUCAGUGCUGCAGAGGUCACAUGGACAGACACGACAGAACAGAUGGAGCGCCUCAUGGAGGUGAUUGUGGAGAAAAAUGGAUGGAUUGACCAUAAACGUGUCCAAGAUGCGAACUCAAUGGAGCGACAUCAAAAUGUUUUGAACUUGCACAAGAUCCAAUCAGUCCUUGUUCCAAGAGAAGAGGAUUGCUUUGGGUUUGUAGUUUGUUAAUAAGAUAAUGACACUCGUAAUGUCAUUAUUUCACCAUCAGUGACUUUGUAGUGUGGCAAAAAAGAUGAAAGAUGGUGUUUAGUUCCUGAUCAGGAAGUUCUUCCUGAAACGUAACCACCAACUAAUUUCCAUCCCAACACUUUUCAUCUCUCCAGCAUAUGUCUGUGAAACGGCAAGAUGUUUGCUGAUCAGAAUGUGUGUGUGUAACAGGAAAUAUAGUCCAUAUAUUUUGAUGUACAUGAUGUAUAGAGGUACAAACCAAAAGUCAAUGUGUAAAUAGUGUACAUAAAGGAGACGUAAAAUCCCUGUAAUGAGCAUAAGGCUAUACAUGUCUGAUAGAUCAGUGAAGUGUUGGGAUACAUAUAAAUAUUUAAGAGAAAGUUAUAUUUAAAUAAAUUAUAUGAUUGUUACACA